CCGGCCCCGCCCGGCCGCGGCGGUCCCAGGCCGGGGCGGGCCCUGCGCGGCCCGGGCCGUGGGCGGGCCUGGCCGCCGCUCCUCGGCGGGGCUCCGGGGCUGGCCAUGGGGCAAUGCCUGCCCUGCAUGGGGGGCACCGUCAAGGACGUGGUGGAGACGCCCGACCCGGAAGUAAAAAGAAGACAACUAGCAGAAGCCGCUGAAAAGAGGCAGAUGGAGGCUUCCUCUCGAGGUAUUAAGAAUGUUUAUUCUGUUGAGCAGAAGAAAAAGAAACAGGAAGAAAUAGAUAAAAGAAUGGCAGCUUCACGUCCUGGAGGAGAAGGAGGACUGAGAUGGCAGGUUGGAUAAGAGGAGUUCUGGAGAGAAGAUGGUUGAUGUGUACUGCCAAUAACCCGUCAGCCAAGUGGCUCUUACUCAUCCUGUGGCUUUUGCUGUUUACAUCUGCAAACUUAGCAGUACCUUGCCAAUAUAGGACAAUGGAUGUGCAAAUAUUCUCUAAGAAACUUAAGAACUAAUUCUGAACACCAUGGUUUGGCCAAUUUUGUUUGUUUGUUUCCAUGCAUGUUUUCCUGCUCCCUGUCCAGACUUGCUGUCAGCUGGCAGUGUCCUCCUUCCAUGUAGGCAGUCAAUCCGUGUGUCCUGUGUGGUCACUUGAUGUCUGUCUGUCUGUCUGUGACUGGCCUGAGCAAGCUCAGGUGCCCACAGGUUGAUUUCAGUGCUUAUUUCAAGCUCUAUAAUUCAACUUUUCUCCAAGUCCUCAUGUAGAAAGUUUUUCAUGUAUGUAUGUAUUGGAAUAUGCAGAUGACAGCAUUUCUUUUCUCUUUCCUAAUGACUCUUGGACUGCUUAGGAGUUUAGUGCCUUUUUCAGAAAAAGAAAAGUAGAGUCCUUACAAAUGGAAUAAUUUUGUGACUAGUUAAAAAGAAAAAAUAGAAACCUUUAUAAAUCCUGCGUACUUAGAUCAAGAAUGCUGUUUUAGUGUGUGUGUAAUAACUGUUCCCAUUUUGUCAUGUGGAUUUCUUUUGGGUCUGUAAGUAUUUAUAUUGAACACUAAAAGUUAAACAUGAAAAUAAAAACCUUAUUAUUA